AACCGUUGUGCUACGAUGUACACUAAUGAAUAUACCCUUGAUGUGUUCCGUCUCUCCUCUCCAGACUCCCCCUGUUGGUCUGAACUGACCAGUAUUAACAAGAAACAGGCUGCGGAGAAGCUACCGGGUCAGUACCUGCCAGUGUGUGACGCAGAGGGCUACUACCGGUCCCACCAGUGCCACGGCAGCAGCGGACAAUGCUGGUGUGUCGAUCACUAUGGCAACGAGGUCGCAGGGUCACGGACCCACGGAGCAGCAGACUGUGGGGUGGUGUUGGAAUCAUCUGGAGACCAGGGCAGCGGAGACUCUCUCUUCUCCGACGACGACUAUGACGAUGAUGAAGAUGAUGCCUUCGUCCUGAGCGACCAGAUCGAUGACGAAGAUGACGAAGACGAGGACGACUAUGACGGAGAGGAAAGAUAUCUGUCGUAACUCCGUCGCUCUGCACUUUGCCAGGGGACUUCAGCAGCAAGAAUAGUUGCUAGUCGACCUCGUCACCGCUAACAGACUAAAGACAUUUCUCUCUCUCUCUCUUCUGUGUCUCAAAUGUCCCCAUAUACCCUGGUCAGUUCCCCAGGGCCCAUUGGGUACUGGGGGAAGGCAGUUCACUACAUAGUGUAAAGGGCACCAUUUGGGAUGGCCCACUCUGUGAUCGUUGUCUCUUCCUAACUUAAAGGUGGACUCUGUAAUUUGACACCAUCGUACAAAGUGUGGGGGGGGACUUCCUGUAAAUUACAGAUGUCAUCAACAACAACAAAAAACGACAACAACAACGGAAUUUUAAUCUAUGGGUUUCUGCCCUCUCUGGUGUUUCCGCAUCAGGAAAAUCACAGCAUAGCCGUCUGUUCUGUUGUUGGUGUUGUCCCGUAACCAGGAAGUGACCUUGCUGUGUAUGAUGUCAUAAUGAUUAGCCCACCUUUAAUAGCUGGUAAACGUUUAUGUUUUCACUUUC